AUUAAAGGACAGCUGUGUUUGUCAGUUUAGACCUUUUAGAUUUGACUGACAGAUGUCUUAUGAUGAAUGACUGCAGUUUAGGACCCUUUGCUGUGACUCUUUGAAGUAUGUAGCCUAAAUAAAAUUCCCAUGUGGAGUUUAUUUAUAAGAACUUGUGAAUACGGAUGAAAGCGCACAGGAGGACUCGAUAUUCAAGUGCAGGAUGCAUUUUACCAAUCCAAAAUGAUGCGAUUCGCUGGAUUCCGAACACCAAAAUCUUUCAUGGCCUUUGUGAUGAGAAGAUGGAAAAUCUUACUGGUGCUGAAUGUGUUUACGAUGGCCGGCUUCAUCACUUUUUGGGGCAAGUGCAAUUUACGCACAACCAAAGCUGUUGGUCAACAGGCGGUGGCUGCUGAUGUGAGAGGACAGACGCAUCUGAAUGGAUCUGCUCAGGAGACCAGCAUCACUCAUGAUGUGCUCUUAAAGAGACUGGGAUCACUGGAAGAUGUGGUGUACAGACAACUGAAUGGUUUGUCCAAGUCUCUUGGACUCAUUGAAGGUUUUGGAGGCCGAGGUAGAGGAGGUCUACCAGCAACACUUACGCCAGAGGAAGAAAAGGAGGCCAAAUACCUGAGGGAGAAAUAUGGCUACAAUGCAUUUCUGAGUGACAAAAUCUCUCUGGAUAGAUCUAUUCCAGAUUAUCGACCCAGCAAAUGCAAAAAGGCCUUUUAUUCCCGUGACCUGCCACAGAUCUCCAUCAUUUUCAUCUUUGUAAAUGAGGCGUUGUCUGUCAUCCUGCGUUCAGUCCAUUCAGCUGUCAACCACACACCAGCUCAUCUCCUAAAGGAAAUCAUCUUGGUGGAUGACAACAGUGAUGACGUACAACUGAAAGGGCCACUGGAGGAGUAUGUCAACAAACGCUACUCGGGUCUUAUCAAAAUAGUGCGCAAUCAGAAGAGAGAAGGCCUCAUCCGGGCUCGCAUCGAGGGCUGGAAAGUGGCCACUGGGGAGGUGACUGGCUUCUUUGAUGCCCAUGUUGAGUUCACGCCUGCAUGGGCUGAACCAGUUCUGUCUAGAAUCAAGGAGAACCACAAGAGGAUCAUACUGCCCUCCAUAGAUAACAUUAAAGACGAGACGUUUGAGCUGGAACGCUAUGAGAACUCAGGCCAUGGUUAUAACUGGGAGCUCUGGUGUAUGUAUAUCAGCCCACCGAAACAGUGGUGGGAUGAAGGAGACACUUCUGCACCUAUCAGGACGCCUGCAAUGAUAGGCUGCUCUUUUGUGGUAAACCGGGAAUACUUUGGGGAGUUGGGCCUACUGGACGCAGGGAUGGACGUGUAUGGAGGCGAAAAUAUAGAGCUGGGAAUCAGGGUUUGGCUGUGUGGGGGAAGCAUGGAAGUUCUGCCUUGUUCCAGAGUGGCCCAUAUUGCAAGAACAAAAAAGCCCUACCACAGUAACAUUGCCUUUCACACUAGGCGCAAUGCACUUAGGGUGGCAGAAGUCUGGAUGGACCAAUACAAAUCAAAUGUCUAUUUGGCAUGGAACCUCCCAAUGAAGAACCAUGGCAUUGACUAUGGAGACAUAUCCCAGAGACUAGCGCUCAGGAAAAGACUCCAGUGCAAAAACUUUGAGUGGUACCUCGACAAUAUCUAUCCAGAGAUGAGGAGAUACAACAACACUCUCUUUUAUGGAGAGAUACGCAAUACCAAUGUGACCCAUCUGUGUGUGGACCAGGGUAUAAAGGAAAACCACACAGCAACUCUGCACCCCUGCCAUGGCUGGGGCCCUCAGCUGGGUCGCUACACUAAGGAGGGUUAUCUUUUCCUGGGUCCUCUGGGAAGCACUGGCGAAGAUACGCGGUGUGUGGUGGACGAUAAAAUCAGCAGCUACCCACAGCUCCUGAAUUGUGAGAAAGUCUCUAGCGUACGGCAGAAAACUUGGCACUUUGCACAGAAUGAAGCAAUCAUCAACCGAGCUACAGGACGCUGUCUUGAGGUAGUGCCGGCUAAUGUCUACUUCGGCUACACUCUGAUCCUGCGUUCCUGCACUGGCCAGAAGUGGAACAUCAAGAAUUUGAUGAAACAGGACUGAGGGCAGUGAGUCACCGACCUUAGAAUGUCGGGAAUCUCUACAGCCUUCAUGGAACUUUAGAAAAUGGAUCCAGUUGUGUGGAACUCAAGGGGUGCUGAUCAUGUUUGCGUGUUUUGGGUUUUUGGUCUUACUACAUUCCACAUUACAAAAAAUAAGACACUUGAAGCACCACUGCAUACUGUAGGUUCCUCAGAUUUCCACCUUCUGGAAAA